AUGGAGAAAGUGAAUGGCACAGUAAAGACUGAGUUCUUCCUCCUGGGAUUUAGUGACCACCCAGAACUUCAGAGACUUCUUUUUGCUGUGUUCUUUUCCAUCUACUCUGUGACGCUUAUGGGGAACCUUGGGAUGAUUUUAUUAAUCACAAUCAGUUCCCACCUGCACACCCCUAUGUAUUUUUUCCUGUGCAUAUUGUCCUUCACAGAUACAUGUUACUCUUCUGUUAUUGCUCCCAAAUUACUUGUGGACUUGGUUUCUGAUAAGAAGACAAUUUCUUACAAUGGGUGUGCUUCACAGUUCUAUUUUUUCAUUUCUUUGGUUGAUACAGAAUCUUUCCUCUUGGCUGCCAUGGCUUAUGACCGGUACAUAGCAAUCUGCAACCCACUGCUUUAUACCAUUAUUAUGUCCAAGAGAAUUUGUUGCCAGCUUGCAGUGGGAUCAUUUUUGGGGGGCACGGUGAGCUCCAUUAUUCACACCACUAACACCUUCCAUCUCACUUUCUGCUCCAGAGAAAUUAACCAUUUCUUUUGUGAUGUCUCCCCACUAUUUUCACUGUCCUGCACUGACACCUAUAUGCAUGACAUAAUUCUGGUUGUCUUUGCUAGUUUGUUUGAAGCGUUCUGUCUUCUAACAGUUCUUCUCUCAUAUGUCUUCAUCAUAGCAGCUCUCCUCAAGAUAAGUUCUGCUGAUGGAAGAAAGAAAGGAUUCCUCACUUGUGCUUCCCACCUGAUUGUUGUCACUAUCUACCACGGUACCUUGAUCUUCAUUUAUUUGCGCCCUGGUGCAGGUCAUUCACUGGAUAUAGACAAAGUGACCUCUGUGUUCUAUACAUUGAUUAUACCUAUGUUGAAUCCCCUGAUUUACAGUUUAAGAAACAAAGAUGUCAAAAAUGCCUUUAGAAAAAUGAUCGGUUGA